AUCUAGGACAACAAUUCACUUGAAAACUAAAAGUCUCUCAUAGCUAUUGGAACAGUAUAAUGUCUUCUCAAAGAUCAAGCAGUUUGCCCAUGAUUCAGGUUAACACUCCUGAAAGAGUACCAAGGAACAUCCUUCCUAAAGAGAUCCUCGACCUGCUCAAUGAAGUGAAGCAGAUGAGAGAUGUCACUCAGUCUCUAGUGUGCGACUGCAAUGAACCAGAUUGUCCCUUCCAAGAAGACCACUCCAUUAAUAUCGACCAAGUCGAGUUUGACUUGUUUUCAGACUCUCCCAGAGCAAGACGAAAUGGUGUUUCAAAAAGUGUGCACCCCAGCGGUUUGUUGCUGUCCAGCUCCACAAAAGGAAUUGAGAAAAGACGAGAUGGAACUAUAGUGGAGAGAGAUGGUCCAAGAUCGAUUUCAAGUGAAGACAGUUUAGAAAAGAGACUUAGAAAAUCACACAUGUACAAUAGUAGUCAACAGUUGGGACAACACUUGAGUGUUUCCAGCACAGUGCUCUCAGAUUAUGACGAUUGCCUUGUAGACAGUGAUAAUUUAUUUGGGACUAGCAGUGACGAUGAUUCAACUUUUUCACGGUUUGAGGUAUCAAGGAAACAAAUAAAAAUGCGAAAAAAUGCGACAAAGCACAAGAGACGUGUGACUAUCGUGUGUGGAUCAUGUAACACCUUACCAACACAGAUAAGAAUGGGUUCAGACUCUCGCCGGUUCUCUCAGCACUUACGUAAUGCAGCUAGUCUUCCAUCGUGCGUGUUCUUUGAAGACGAUGAAAUGAGUCUGUCAACUUGUUCGAGUUCAUCGAGUAUCAGCACUUCACAACAUGCUCCCUGUCUUACAAACUUUGCUAGGCAACACAAUGGACUCAUUACAGCAUGACUGCUGCAUAUUUUGUGUGUACAUGUAUGUCUUUGUGUGCUUUGUGUGCUUUUGUGUAUGUGUAAUAAAUCAAUUUGCGUACAACCCCAACAUUCCAAUAACAUACCGCAAAAAUCAA